AUGAACAAGCCCCUACCCGGGCCACCUUCGGUGAACCGGGCAUCACAGCUCAGGAAAGCAAAAUCGUCACAAGCCUUGCCGCUCAGCCCCAAGUCCACGAGCAGCAGGUCCCGAGACAGCGACCGGGCCGAGCGGACACAUACAGGGAGCCGGCGAGCACUGGACUUUGACAGCCGGGGGAGUCGUGAUCUGCGGCACCGAUCGAGCGCAAGCACCAUCUCACGCACCACGGCCAGCUCUUUCGUGACAUCGACAUCUGGGGCUGGGACUAUCGUCGGCAUAUCGAAAGACGUGAGCGCCAACCGCAUCGUGGGCAGCGGCCAUAACGGCAUCGUACAGGACAGCAACCCGGACCAGCCAGGCCGGACCCCCCUUGCAGUCAUCUCCAACAAAACGAGCCAGAACAUCUCUGCCUGUGACUCAAAGUCAGUGGCCCAGCCCGGACAGGAGAACAUUACGCCCGCAGAAGCACAGCACACAGACAGAGCCGCAGCGCACGUGUACCCCUCGCCCCCAAUAUCCAAGGCUCAAGCCCCGACGCCCGUGCUGCCGCAGCUGCGCAAGCUCCAGCGGCAGAUCCAGUCCCUCAGGGCCGAGAACGACGACCUGCGCGCCGUCAAGAUCACGCAUAUCGCGACCAUCGACAGCCUGCGCAGCCAGCUGCGGUGCAAGGAGGCCGAGCAGGCCCGGCUCGUGGAGAAGCUGUGCGCCGAGGCGGCGGCGCGCGAGGACCAGACGGCGCACAUGCGCGAGGCCGUCGCUGCGCUCAAGGAGGAGAAGUGGGCGCUGCUGGGCCGCGUCGCGGAGCUGGAAUUGCAGCAGGCGCCCAGUCAGGUAGAGGACUCAUACUGCGCGGGCUCGAUGUGUGCGAGCGUGCCGCCAAGUCGUAGAGGUAGCGUGCUGAGUCGGGGGAGCCACGCGGGUGGCUAUGACACGCCCGGAUCGCUGUACAGCACCGGCGGCCAGGGCGGGCCGGCGCGGAGUCUGAACCACACGGCGAGCUCGUCGGUCGCGACGGCCAGCGUGCGCUCGUUCGUGCGGCGAAGGGCGAGCAUUGCCGAGUCGGACGUGACGGCCGCGUCGAUGGCGGAAGAGGAGCUGGACAUCCUCUCGGACCAGCUGGUGGCACAUCACGAGCGGCACAGCAAGGAGCAGCGGGCGAUGGCGGUGCAGCUCACUGUGCUGGAGGAUGACCUGAUGGCGGCGAGGCAGCAGCGCGACAGGGCCGAGAGGCGUAGCCGCGACCUCGAGGUCCGGCUUGCGGCGCAGAUGACGCUUGUCCACCACCAUGUCCCGGCGGCGGCGGCGGUGCCGCCAAUCCCUGACCUGCCUCUGCUGACGUACUCCAAAGUCGGUUUGGUGUGGUUUGACACAGUGGCGAGUUGGUUCAAGUACUGGGGCUUGUUCGAGUUCAUCUCGCAGCCGGACGAGUCGCUCUUCGCGGGGACUGACCCGGACAGGGAGGGCCGGCGCCUGCGGGCGGUGGUGCUACUGAAGCGCGCCAUGGACGACGACAUCCUGGACGAUAUCAUGUACCUGCAGAACCAGAAGUUCAUCUCAGCACCAACAGCCACCAAGUCUCUCCCACGGAAUAUCCCUCCUGAGAUCGAGUCUCCCUACUUCCUGUUCCACACCGCUGCCAUCCUCAAGCGCACGGUGCCCAACUCUCUCACGGACUUUGGCUGGCUCGACCGCAUCAACGAUAACGAUUUCGAGGGCAUCGAGGGCUUCGCGAGCCUUGUGAAUAUCCUUAACCGCCGGCAUAGCCAGCUGUAUGGCACGAGCGCGGACCAUUACGACGCGCUCGUCCCUAGGAUCCAGGAGAGCAUGUCGAGGCGGUUUCCAGACCUGGAGAAGUCGUUGCUAGACCCUGCAUCAACACCCAGGAAGUGGUGGCAUUUGGCGCUGUGGAUGUCGAGGAUGGUGAAAAGGAGGCAGGGGCGGAUAGCUGGUGUUGACGAAUCAUGA